AUGCAAGAGAAAACGAGAAGCACAGCCGAUGAAGCCAAGCAAAAAGGCCGAGAAACUUCGAAUGAGGCUCGAGAAAAAGGAGAGCAUGUUGUCGAUCAAGCAAGAGGAAAGUCGGAACACCACGCUGCUGAGGCUCGGGACAAAGGUCGACAAUUUGCUGACCAGUCCAAGCAAAAAACUCAAGACGUGAAAGAGCGAGGACAAGAGAUGUCUGAUGCAACGAGACGUAAAGCGCAAGAGGAGAAGGGAUUCAUGCAGUCAAUAACAGACUCAGUCACGGCAUUCGUCACCGGUGAAUCAGACGAGGGGCGAGAGAUGCAAGACAAAGCGAGAAGCACAGCUGAUGAAGUCAAGCGAAAAGGCCGAGAAACUUCGGAUGAGGCUAGACAAAAAGGAAAUCAAGUCGCUGAUCAAGCAAGAGGAAAGUCAGAACACCAUGCCGCUGAAACUCGGGACAAAGGCCGAGAAUUCGCAGACCAGUCAAAACAAAAAUCUCAAGAAGUGAAAGAGAGAGGACAAGGGAUGGCUGAUGCAGCGAAAGGUAAAGCGCAAGAGGAAAAGGGAUUCAUGCAAUCGAUAACAGACUCGGUCACUUCAUUCGUCACGGGUGAAUCAGAUAAGGGGCGGGAAAUGCAAGACAGAACCAGAAGCACAGCCGAAGAAGUAAAGCAAAGGGGCCGGGAAGCUUCAGAUGAAGCUCGGCACAAAGGACAGCAAGUUGCUGAUCAAGCUGAUACAGAGCGAGCUGGAGACAAAGCUCGACAAUUUGCUGACCAGUCCAAACCAAAAUCUCAAGACGUAAAAGGGAGAGGACAAGAGACAGCAGACGCGGCGAAAGGUAAAGUUCAUAACAAAGGCUUCAUGAAGUCUGUAACGAACUCGUGAAUCAGAUAAGGGACGAGAAAUGCAAGAGAGA